CUCUUAUAACUUUCUCUAUUGUGCUCGGUGGAGAACUCGUAGUUUCUGCCUUUCCUCUCAGAAGAUAGGAUCUACAACACUGACUGCACAGCGCUUGCCCGCCCUUCUUCACUUCUCACCCUGUUCUUUUCUUUUUCUCCGUCAGUGUGUGGGUUCGAGAGUAGGAAAGGAAGUUCGUUCGCGCUAAGGUUCGCGUUGUGUGCGUAUUUCCCACUCAACCAACCGUAGGCCUGUUUGGACCGGGAAAUUAUUCGCAACAGCUUGCUUCGUCAGUGAUCGCAUUCGUUUUACUUCUUUCAGCCUACCCCCUUUCCAGUCAACGAGCGCUGAAUUUUUAGUGGGUUUUAUUUUCUUGCUUUUUUUUUUUUACACAAUCAGUCGUCAGUUAAUUUCUGAAGCUGUUACUUGCUCGAAACUGCAAGCCAUUUGAAAGUCGGAGUGUUCUACAGAAGUGUUUCUGGGGAUUAGCAAUUACUUCGUUUUGAUAAUAUUCCAAGUGUUGUUUGUGCAGAUCAAUUAAUUAGACAGCGACAAUGGGGCAGUGUACAGGAUGUCUCAAGUACAUUCUCUUCAUUUUCAACUUUGCCAUGUGGCUCCUGGGGUGUGCCCUUCUGUCAGUGGGCAUCUGGAUGAAGAUGGAUGACAGCGCACAGCACCAUGUGGAGAGGAUGAACGAAGUGGUGGACGAGGAGUACCAGAUCAGCUACAGUGCCAUUGGCGGAGACGACCUCACUGUAACGAUAGCCUACCUCCUCAUUGUCUUUGGGAUCAUCCUCAUCAUCGUCACCUUCAUCGGCUGCUGUGGUGCUGUUCGGGAAAAUACGUGCAUGCUCAUCGCUUUCGCUGUCUGUCUGUUCGUCCUGAUGAUCGCACUCCUCGGUGUCGGUGUGUGGGCGUAUCUCAAGAGUGACGAUGUGGACGCCCAUACGGCAUUGGGGCUUGUGUUCACCCUCCUGCUCUGCUGCAUCGUAAGGAAGACCACCGUUAUAACAGUCAACUAGGUUUAUCAGUUGUCCAUUUCCUUCUCUUGUGCAUAUCAUCGUUACCUGUCACUAUAUCUAGCCAUUGUUUUUGUUUUGAUGGAAUGAAAUAAAAUAGAAAGUGGUGUGUCUUUGUUUAAAAAACAAACCAACAAACACAUAAACGCAUUGUUGGGGUUCAAUUUUUGAAGUGAAAUUGCAUGUACAUGUAAGUUAAUCGUAGAUGCAAAAGUUGUGAGAGAUUUCUGGACUUUGGUUGUGUUUAAAUAGUAAUAAAUACAUAUUGUCUAUCUGAAUCUUGUUAAUAAAAUUAAACGAUUUAACUUCAUGAAUGCGCUAUAUUUUAUUUUAAAGAAACUGUUUGGCGUUUUAAAGCAUGUAUCCAAACAAGAGUAACAUGAACUUUGAUAGGUAUUUUGAAAAUUCCUUUCAGGUGUGUUAACGGUUCUUAGGUAUUCCAAUUUCUGUUUACUCAUGUAGGGCUAUAUUUUUCUUCGUCGUCUUUCCGCUGUCCUCUCAGGUCAUUCCAUAUCUAUCUUUGAUUUUCACCAUUAUACUGUUAUUUAAAAAAAAAAGAGUAAUCUAUUACUUAUCAGCCCAUGACUUUGUAUGUGUUCAAAGAGUUUGAGUGUCGCAGGGUCUAGUGAUAAACUUAAUCGAACAAGAUAAAUUAUGGAAACUGCUUUGUUUUGAAGAAUGAACGAAAGCCGACGAACGUCAAACGUAUUUCCAUAGAUCUCCCAUACUUCUCUGGAUGGCAUUCAAUUCCUGGUUUGGGUCACAUUAUCUCGGGCAUAGAAAAGAAAGAUACAGCAGGCACAUGCUUUUCAAAAUAACGUUGACUGCAUCGAUAGCUCAGCCAUCAGGCUGGAUUGGGGCCCGGGUGACUUCGGUUGGAAUCCCCAAAGAGGCGCUCUUGAACUUGGGUUGUUUGGCGAGUGUUCAAGGCGCUCUCCUGGCUCUGCCUUCUUGGCUAGGUCCUAUUGGAGAUGGACGUUAAAUUGUGAGGUUCUACAUAUUUGAUAACCUUACAGUGAUAAGAGAGCCAUUCAACACUUUCAACUGCCAGUUUCAGAAUGACCCAGGAAUUUUAUGAUAUUAAUAUAUGACUUUUCUUUACCCCUUCCAAGAAUUAUUGCUUUCUUCCCUGACGUUUCAUUGAUAUUAUUAGCUUUUAUAUUGAUAUAAUAGAGGUGUUUUGCUGCCUUUAAUUAUAAGAUAAGAUAAGAUACAUCUUUAUUGUCCAGCUCCUGGCACAUUGGUUUGGUGUUCCACCACGUAAACAAAAUGAGUUUGGUUUCAUUCUUCGAACUCUAGGUCCAGUUUUCUCUGGGCUUACGUUAAAGAAUCUGAAACAUGGCCAAGUCUUUAUGCUUCAUCUUUUGAGUAACGUGUUCUAGAAAAACCACGCGUUUGAUGCAUGGCGAUACUUUAGGCAGAUACAGGCUAGACAUAAUCUCAUGGAAUGAGGCAUCAAUGUUUAAGGUUUGAAAGCAAUAUUUGAGAACGUAAGUGAAUGUCAUGUAUAGUUAAGCAAUUAUCAUAAGGUACUUUUGUGUUUGUCAUCCAUUUGUUUGAAAUGAUAAUAAUGGUGCUCUAUUGUGAGAGUGUAAUUGUUUUCUUUUGAACUAAAACCAUGGUGCUUUUAGAGAGAAAAUGUUUCCAUAAUAAUAAUAUGUGUGAUCAUAUCUCUUGACAUGUUCUAAAUGCAUAACUGUUUGCUGUGAUCUCUAGUCACAGUUAGGUUCAAAGUAUGGCAUUGUUUAGCUAUUUGGACUUUUGAAUUUAUGAAUGUAUUGUAGGAGAGAGAGAGAGAGAGAGAGAGAGAGAGAGAGAGAGAGAGAGAGAGAGAGAGAGAGAGAGAGA